AUGUCGGCGAUGGGCGGUUGCAUUGCCUGGCGGACGAGCGGCAGCAACAGGGGGCCGGGGUUGAAUCUGGGGGGGGGGGGCGCCGAGCUGACGCCUGCCGCCUUGCUGCCUGGAUGUGAAGCCGUCGGCGCCGCGCCCGAGCCCCUCCACUCCAUGCCCCGCCCCACCCUCGCCCCCGCCUGCUUUGCAGCCGAGGGCGGCAACCGCGGCAACUUUGGGCGCGCGCCCGUGGUGCGCCCUGCUCCGCGUGCGUUCAGCCAGGGUGAGGCGCGCGCCCAGGGGCUGCAGGUGCUGCAGGACAAGUACGAGCCCGGGGUGGUGGUGCUCAACAGCCACAGGUGA